AUGCCUCAGGAUAUGCCCCCAACGGGGGGCUACGGGCCGGUUCAGUAUAAGCGAAACGUCCCUGCCCGUGGUUUCCGCCCCUUCUACUACCUCGUCGGUAUGCACAUGGUCAUGGCAUAUGGCUUUUACAAGCUCUUCCACGGUAUCCGUGAACAAAAUGAACUCGCCCGUGAGAAAAUCUGGGGCCGUCUCCAUCUGGUCCCUCUCCUUCAAGCCGAAGAAGACCGUGAUCAGGUCCGUCGUCACUUCGCCGACAAGGCUCGCGAGAAGGAAAUGUUCGGUUCGGAGAGCAAGGUCUACCACAGUGAUCGCUUCAUCCGCCCUACUUUCGCCUACACACCGUCCAGGGUCACUCAAUAA